AUGUUUAAGGUCAAAUGGAAAAAUGAAGCACCAUUUUUCCACCUUGACUACUUGGGCGAACCUGCUUAUUAUUUGGUAGCCGAAGAUAAAGCUGAUGGCCAUCCUUGGUACUACGACAUCAUGAAGUUAUUGGAAAGCCAAGAAUAUCCUGAGAACACAUCCAUCACCGAUAAGAACUACCUCCGAAAACAGUCUGCCAAGUUCUUUCUAAGUGGAUGGGUAUUGUACAAAAGGAAAUCUGAUUCGAUCUUGCUUAGAUGUGUAAAUAAACAAGAAGCAAACGAAAUUAUAAUGGAAAUCCACGAAGGUUCCUUUGGGACACAUGCUAGUGGACACACGAUGGUGAAGAAAAUAUUGAGAGUCGGCUACUAUUGGAUGAAUAUGGAGAUUGACUGCUACUGCCAUGUCCAAACAUGCCAUAAAUGCCAAAUCUAUGCCGACAAGAUCCAUGUACCACUAGUACCACUCAAUGUCCUGACAUCACCUUGGCCUUUUUCCAUAUGGGGAAUUGACGUGAUUAGAUGUAUUGAGCCAACUUCCUCGAACGGACAUCGCUUUAUCUUGGUAGCUAUAGACUAUUUCACUAAAGGGGUGGAAGCAGUCUCAUACGCAAAUCUCACAAGACAAGUGGUGACUCGUUUCUUGAAGAAAGAAAUCAUUUGUCAUUAUGGGGUCCCAAAUAAGACCAUUACUGAUAAUGGAUCUAACCUCAAUAACAAGUUGCUGAAAGAUCUAUGCACGAACUUCAUGAUCGAACAUCAUAACUCUUCGCCAUAUAGACCAAAGAUGAAUGUUGAAGUAGAGAUUCCUUCCUUAAGGAUUUCUACUGACAUCAAGCUUAACGAAGUUGAAUGGGUACAAGACAGAUUUGACCAGUUGAACCUCAUUAAAGAGAAACGCUUGGCAACCAUUUGUCACGACCAGCUUUACCAAAACCGUAUCAAGAGGGCACAUGACAAUAAGGUCUUUCCUCGUAACCUUAAGGCUGGAAACCUUAUAUUGAGAAAGAUUCUACUAAUUCAAACUGACCCGAUGGGCAAAUGGAUGCUGAACUAUGAAGGCCCAUAUGUUAUAAGAAAUGUUUUCUCUAGAGGAGCCUUAAUACUCACAACUAUGGAUCGCGAAGAUCUUCCGUUCCUUGUCAAUACGGAUGCAGUUAAAAAAUACUAUGUUUAA